CCGCCUUCUCUCCGGCAGAGGACAGGUUGAACAUGGCGGCCUCCGUAAGAUGUUUUCUCCGCUCAGGAAAGAAUGCCGUGUCGACUCUGGGGCUGCGCGGGAUUCACAAGAGUUCCGCGGCCGCUGCGCAGAUGAUGGUCCGUGACGCCUUGAACCAGGCGAUGGACGAGGAGCUGGAGAGGGACGAGCGGGUGUUCCUGCUGGGGGAGGAGGUGGCCCAGUACGACGGGGCCUACAAGGUGAGCAGAGGUCUGUGGAAGAAGUACGGAGACAAGCGCAUCAUGGACACCCCGAUCACAGAGAUGGGCUUCACCGGCAUCGCCGUGGGAGCCGCUAUGGCCGGCCUGAGGCCCAUCUGUGAGUUCAUGACCUUCAACUUCUCCAUGCAAGCCAUCGACCAGGUCAUCAACUCCGCCGCCAAGACCUACUACAUGUCGGCCGGCCGCCAGUCGGUGCCCAUCGUCUUCCGGGGCCCCAACGGGGCGUCGGCCGGCGUCGCCGCGCAGCACUCGCAGUGCUUCGCUGCGUGGUACGCCAGCUGUCCCGGUCUGAAGGUCGUGAGUCCCUGGAGCGCGGAGGACGCCAAAGGCCUCCUGAAGGCGGCCAUCAGAGACGACAACCCCGUGGUGUUCCUGGAGAACGAGCUGAUGUACGGCGUUCCCUUCGAGAUGUCGGAGGAGUCGCAGUCCAAAGACUUCACCAUCCCCAUCGGCAAGGCCAAGGUCGAGAGGCAAGGUACUCACGUCACGUUGGCCACUCACUCUCGGUACGUGAGUUUCUGUCUGGAUGCGGCCGCCGUCCUCGCCAAGGAGGGGAUCGAGUGUGAGGUGAUCAACUUGAGGACCAUCCGCCCCCUGGACGUGGAGUGCAUCGAGACCAGCGUGAUGAAGACCAACCACCUGGUGACGGUGGAGGGCGGCUGGCCUCAGUUUGGAGUCGGAGCGGAGAUCUGCGCCCGGAUCAUGGAAGGUCCCGCCUUCAACUACCUGGACGCUCCGGCUACCCGCGUGACGGGCGUCGACAUCCCGAUGCCGUACGCCAAGAUCCUGGAGGACAACAGCGUGCCGCAGAUCAAAGACAUCAUCUACUCCGUGAAGAGGACGCUGAACGUCUGAGGACACGAGAGACCAACGUUCCUUCAAAGUAAAACAGGAAACUCCACUUGUCAUGUUUUUUUCGCCCGAUGUUUUAUCUGCACCCAGAGCGGCGGGCGCACAGGGGGGGGGGGGGGGAGGGGAGGCGGGCAAUCGAGUCGAUGCUUCUCAUUGGUCGGUGACGAGCUCGGCUGAACUCUGUGUGUGUGUGUGUGUGUGUGUGUGUGUGUGCCGCUCUGGCUGCUCUCUGUCCACUUCCUCCCCGUCAAAAUAAAAGUUGCACUAUCCUGUAGGCUUUUCUGUUUAUCUGGGGGAAAGUUUGGCGACAACAAAACGGCGUGCUCUCAAAUUUAGACUCGCAAACUAAAUCCAAAUAUGUUCAUAAACUCCCAUAUAUUUAUAUUUCCAACCACCAGAACACAUUAAACUCCGUCUCUAAAGGCAGUGAAGAAGAAGAAUGAACCUGGAGGAUUGCGGUCGGGAUAUUUAUUGUAGCUGCAGCAGCUCUGCUGUGUUUGUUGCUGUAAAUUAAUCUGUUACAGAAAUAAAAGACUUUCACUCCAU